AUGACCCCAGCAAACGCCCAGCCGCUGGUGCUCAUUAUCGGGGCCGGCAUCAGCGGACUGCUGCUCGCCCAGCAGCUCAAGCGCGAGGGCAUCUCGUACCGCAUAUUCGAGCGAGACGCUGAUUUGCAGACUCGCGGCGCGGGCUGGGGCCUGACGCUGCACUGGUCGCUGCCAGCGCUUCAGAGCCUGCUGCCGUCCGAGCUGGCGCAGCGCAUCUGCGAUGAGUCCAGCGUGGAUCGAUGGGCAGAUCGACGGGGUGAAGCAUCGAGAUUUCCCUUCUUCGACCUCGACAGCGGAGAGCUCAAGGCGCAGACGCCAGGAGCCGUGAAGAGUGCGAGAAUCCGAGUGACUCGCCAGAGGCUGCGCAGAUUGCUGGCAGAAGGCAUCGAUAUCGAGUGGGGGAAAACACUCAGCGAGAUUCAUACCAGCGACAACGGCAUCGUCAGUGCUCGCUUUGAAGACGGCUCCUCGUGCGAUGGCACGCUGCUUGUGGCGUGCGAUGGCGGCCAGUCGCGAGUGCGCCGCGUCUUGUUCCCGGACGAGUCCAAGCUGAUGGUCCAGUUGCCCGUGCGAACCAUGGGCGUUAAGAUCUUGUUGACGGCGGACCAGAUCGAGCCAAUGCGAAAGCUAGAUCUAUACUUCCUUCAGGGCGCCUCGCCGAGCAACAGUUCCUUCACGUACUUCAGCGUUCUCGAUGUUCCUGGAAAUCAGGUCGACAGCGACCCCAGCAUUUUCAGCUGCCAGCUGCACGUCUCAUGGCCGUACCCGGGCAGCGGAACGUCCGUGGACGUGCCCACCACCAACAAGGAACGGUAUGAGCUGAUGCACGCCUUUGCAAAGACAUGGUCGGAGCCUUUUCGCUCUCUUGUCUUGAACAAUGUGCACCCCGAUACGGAGAUCAAGCGCCUGGAUGUGCUUGACUGGGCGCCGCCUCUAGGCUUGCGCUCCAAGGGACAAGUGGUGCUGAUGGGCGAUGCGUUUCAUCUAAUGUCGAUGUACCGAGGCGAGGGCGCCAACCAUGCCAUUGUCGAUGUUCACGACUUUGCGACGCACGUCGUUCCGCUACUGUCACCCGAUCAUUUCCGGCGAGCUCUGCGUCAGGCGCUAGAUAGCUAUGAAGACGCCGUCGUCUCUCGGGCCCGUCCGGGGGUACUGGCCUCGCGCAGGGCAUGCUUAGAUGCACACGCCUUUUCCAGGCUGUUUGGCGAGAAUGCGACUGGCAUCAGUCCGCUGCUGAGCAAACGCGAGAUGAUGCUUCAGUUUGACGACGAAUCGACGGAGCUGAUGGAUGUAGCUUAG